GAAGAGAGUCCAUUGGACCAAUACAAAUGAGCUGAGCCCAACGAACGCACACACACCUCGACGCAGUUCCUCCGCUGACGGCGACGGAGGCUGCUAACUACAACAAUCUCCUGAAACCUCUCAUCACCACGCAGCUUCACUUUCUCCAAUUUAGUCCAACUAAUAUUAUAGUUUCAUUUCAUGGAGACGCAACCGCAUGAGAUUUUACUGCAGCCACCGGUUUCUUCAAAUGAAGUCCACAAUGAUGGCGCGUCGAAUCACAGUAGAGACGCUGAGCAAAAACAAGAUGUUUCGAGAGAAGAAGUUUUGCAGACUUUGCAAGUUAUUGCAUCUACUGGGAAGUUCUGGCAUCACUGGGAUAAGUUGAAGAUCAUGCUAUCCUUUCAGCUGAAGCAGGUACUGUCAGAAUACCCUGAGGCAAAAUUGACUAGUGAGCAGCAGUAUGCGUCGUUGGGAGAAUCCUACAUUGAGUUGGUUCAUAAACUAGACGAAGCUCUUACUUGUUUCAUUGAAGGUCCUCCAUUUACAUUGCAAAGGCUUUGUGAGAUCCUAUUGGAUGCAAAAAGCAUUUACCCAAAUCUUUCUAAGCUUGCUUUAGCUCUUGAAAAGAACUUAUUAGUUACAUCUACAUUGACAAUCUGCACUGAUCCAUACCCGCAAGCAACAGAAAAAGUUCCGGUAGACCAAGAGAAAGCAAAUGAAAAGCAGAAUCAGCAAUCUGAUACAGUACAGAAUGGCGUUGAGCCUCAGGUGCCUGACAAAGAUGAAGUAAUGACCGAGGCUGAUGUGGGGGAUGAUAUGACCAUUGACAUGGAAACUUUUGAAGGAGAUAAGUCAUCAGAAACCAAUUCUGAACCUAAUGCUAAUAAUCUAUAAGCUUCGUGGUUAGUGUUAGUGUGCAUCUUUAAACCCCUAAACUCUGAUGAGCAGAAAGACUUGGACGCUUUCACUUUCAGUGAGCUCCAAAUGCUAUGAGGACAACGUGGACCUUGGCCAUUUUUGGUAAAAGUUGGAGCUAGACAUUCUUAGCAUUUAAAAACAGAACAAAGUUUCUAUAUUGUGUCUUUGGAUGCAAUGCUUGUAUUGGUGGAAUGAAGGUGAAUAUCUCACUGUAGAUCUGCUUUUAAUAUGUUCUCCCAAGUUAAAUUCACAAACUUGUUCAUGAACUUUGGCAUCCAUGACUUUGUAGUAGCUGCCACGCCUAUUAUUGAGUGUUUUUUUAACAAUGAUGGCAUCAUUAAUGCAUGUACUGGCAACAUCUUGGGCCAUCAAA